CCAGAACCACCCCCAAAGAGUCAGCACAUCUAGAGUUCAGUCGCGGGGAGUUUUGCCAGUGGCAGAGGUCGAUAAUGGAGGGCAGCAGCUCCGAGGGUGGAGCAGAGGGAUUAGGUGACUACAACAGCAGCAACAUCAAGAGGGCGAGGUUGCGCUCCACCCUCUCUGCUCUGCUCCAGGACCCCAUCCUCGCCGACGUCCCCAAGAGCCCCACUUUGCCCGACGUCGACACCCUCAUCAGCCUCGAGUUGGGCAGCGCCAUGCGCGUCUCCGUCCUCAAAUUAGACGGCUCCAGCUUCGACUUUGCGGUCAUGAAUUCGGCCACGGUGAAGGAUUUGAAGCUGGCUGUGAAGAGAAAAGUGACCGAUGCGGAAGAAUCCAAGAUGGGUCAUCGUCAGAUUUCGUGGAAGCAUGUGUGGGCGAACUUUUGCCUAUCAUACCAUAAUCAGAAACUGCUUGAUGAUGAUUCCAAGCUUCAGGAUUUUGGCAUCCGAAACAAUUCUCAGGUGCAUUUUAUCCCCUACGUCAUGUCAAAGAAUACCAAAAGACAUUCUAAGAGAAAGAAACACCGCUUCUUCCAUGGCCUGAGCAAGUGUAUUUAGAAAGGCCUAUUACAAUUGUUUUAUUCGGUGCUGCUGUAUCAUCAGAAGACAUCCUUUGUAUACCAAUUAUUUCUCUGAUAUUCCUCAUAUUUUCCUUGCAACUACAUUUUUGCUUUCUUGUUCAUAUAUGGUUCAGUCCUCGAUCUAGGAGCUUCACGUUCACCACCAAUUCUGAAACUAUUCAUCUCAAAGAAAAUUCUCUCUGUAUAGAAUGUUCACCUGAAUUAAUGGCUUUCAAGUUGUCUCAGUUUCACUAA